UUAAUAGCAAAAAUAUCCAACCCAAUCCAUACGUUACCAAUCCCUAGUCCGUAUCUUCAUCUUCUUCGAAAUCGAAACAGCGCCCUUCGUUAUAUCUACCUACAUGCACAGUGUCCCCUGUAAACGUACAACAAAACCCCAGCCAUGAAUCUUCAUUCGUUGGACGAUUCAUCGAACGAAAGGCAAAAGCCUGCGGCGAAGAAGUGGGAAUCGCACUGUUCAAUAAUAUUACCAUUCUCUACCCUUCCCUUUCUUCACUCACCACUCCGUCCACCCUUCAAACCCAAUCUCCAAGUAGCAGCAUCUCACAUUGUACGCAAUAUUCACAAAUCCGGUGUAUUUUUCACUGAUAAAUGUCUCAGCUUGUUGCACGAAUUCGUUUUCCAAAGCCCACUUCUCAAGAAAGUAUUCUCUUUGCCCUCUGAUUUCCACAAUAUUAGCCAGAUUUCUCGCAGGAAGUACACGAAUUUGAACAAUCUAUCCAACCACAAUUUUGCUGCCAUUUUACCAGGAGAUUCAGUGGCAGGAGUCGUGGUGGCUAACGGAAUUCUGAAUUUCUUGAACAUUUACAAUACGCUGCUCAUUGUUAGGCUUGUUUUAACUUGGUUUCCGAACACUCCUCCAGCCAUUGUUAGCCCUCUUAGCACUUUGUGUGAUCCAUACUUGAACAUAUUCCGUGGGAUCAUCCCACCCCUUGGAGGAACUUUGGAUCUUUCACCUAUACUGGCAUUCCUUGUUCUAAAUGCCUUUACAAGCACUGCUGCUGCACUCCCUGCUGAACUCCCAUCUACAGAAGUAUCUCAAAAAAUUCUAUCUCUUACACCAGUAUCUCAUCUGACCACAUCACAGAAGAAAUGGAUGACAAGGCUUGCUGGAAACAGGUCAAAGAGCUCCAGCAGUGACAAUUAGAUCGUUUAGCAAGACUUGCUAAUCUGAAAUACGGGCAUCGUCUGUAAUUGUCUAUUGGCUCACACUCCAAUUGUAGAAAUUCAUUGUUACAACACACUCAAAUGUUUUUUUUGAUGUGGAUUAUAUAUUUUCUCUAAUCAUCAUCUUGCGUCGGGCACAUACAAUGAUAUUUUCAAGUCUUAGGGAAAAUCUCAGUCAAAUUAAUGAUUUCUACAAACUGAUGAUAUCCACAUCAUUAGUUUUAUGGCACAUGCUUG